AUGGCCAAGGUCUUUUCACUCAAAGGGCAAGCCCUCAAGCUCGAUUCCGCCGCAGACCUCGAGAAGCACAUCGGCCCGCUCCAAGAGCAAGACAUCGAAGAGUUCCAUCUAGAAGGCAACACCAUUGGUGUAGAAGCCUCGGAGGCUCUAGCCAAGAUCCUCGAGACGAAGAAGUCUCUCAAGUUCGCCAACCUCGCCGACAUCUACACCGGACGACUCCUCUCCGAAAUCCCCAAGUCUCUCGAUGCGCUCCUCACAGCACUUCUAAAGUGUCCGAACCUCCACACGAUCAACCUCAACGACAAUGCGUUUGGUCUCAACACUGUCGAGCCGCUCCGGCCUUUCCUGAGCAAGCACACGCCUCUUCAACACCUUUACCUCAACAACAAUGGUCUUGGGCCUGCUGCAGGCGCACUGGUAGCAGAGGCACUCGAGAAGUUGGCGGAGAACAAAGCUGCAGCACGCAAGGAGGGUAAAGAUGUUCCAGAUCUCGAGACAGUUGUCUGUGGGCGGAACAGACUCGAGACGGGCAGCAUGGCAGCGUGGGUGAAGGCAUACACAGCGAACAACAAGGUCAAGACAGUCAAGAUGGUGCAGAACGGUAUCAGGCAAGAGGGAAUUGCUACGCUACUGCAACAUGGGCUGUCGAAUUGCAAAGCACUGGAUACACUCGACCUCCAGGACAACACCUUCACUGCACUUGCCUCGAAAUCCCUUGCUGCUGUCGUACCAAGCUGGACCGAGCUUCGCGAACUGGCUGUGGGUGACUGUCUGCUAUCAGCACGAGGAGGACGUUUUCUAGGUCAAGCUCUGUCCAAGGCAGGGAACAAGAAACUCGAGGUCUUGCGGUUGCAGUACAACGAGAUCGAUACGAGGGGUCUCAAGGCUAUCUCCGAUGCCGCAUCGCAGAGCGGUGCGCUUCCACGGUUACGACGAGUCGAGCUGAAUGGCAACAAGUUCAGCGAGGAUGACGCAAGUAUAGAGAGCUUGAGGGAGCUGCUUGAGAAGCGUAAGGAUGAGAGUGCUGAGGACUACCCAGGUGUUGACGAGGACGAUGAGGAUGCGUGGGGUCUUGAUGAGCUCGAUGAACUGGAUGAUGAGGAUGACGAGGAGGAGGGAGGUGAUGAAGGUGAAGAUGAUGACGAGGAGGAUGCUAAGGAGGAGAAAAUUGUCAACGAGGCGGACGCUGCCGAGGACGAACCAGUGCCUCAGAAGCAGGAUAAGGAUGUUGACGAUCUUGCUGCUGCUCUUGGCAAGGCCGAGAUCAAAUAG